AAUUGACUUCAUUCUUUGCUAACGUCUGUUUUAGAAGAACUGGAGGAACUGGCUUCUUAUUUGUUUAUUUAUUUAUUUAUUUAUAUUUAUAUUUGUUUGUAUGUUGUUCUUGUAUAGAUUUAGAAAACUACAUUUUUAUUAAUUUUGAUGAUUGUUAAUGCAUUAUUUUUGGCCCUUUGAUGGAAAAUAAUUUUAAGGGUUAUUUGCCAACUGUUUGGAUAUUGAAAAUUUGUUUGCUAAUUUUUUUUAAGGAUUUUGGUUUCGUACUUUGAUUGUUUUGUUCUGAGGUUACAGGCUGUUCCUUGUUUUCCUGUUAAUAUGUUACAAGUUUACAGGCUGUUCCUUGUUUUUCUCAAAUGACGUAAGACAAGCAACAAGAAAGAUGUAUUAAGUAACCGAAAUUUACAAGUGGACACCACACGCUUAGACCCGCUUAUCAGAAGGCACGCUUUUUUACUUUUUUUUUUAUUACUUUUAUAAAUAUUUCCCACUCCUAACAUAAUCACCCGUCGUGUGUUUACUACAAUUGUUGACAUGGCUCUUUUAACGGUUUUAAGUAACAAGACACACUUAGUUAGUACGAUAUAAUAAAAGUAACCGAAAUUUACAAACCAUGAAACAGUUGAUGAGCUACGUAGCCGGUUAAGUGAGAUAACCAUAUUGAUACAUUUAAUUUAUUAUGAAUAUAUGAAUCUCUUUUCGUAUGGCUCGUUACACGAUUAAUUAAACGUGUUACUUGUGCCAUAAAUGGGUUAGAGGGGUUGGACCCACUUAGACUCAUUUGUUAAUUGUAUCGUUAACUUGGCUCAACUUUUUAAAUAAAAAUAAAAUCAAACUCAAACUUGUUUAACUUUGUGUAAGAUCAUGACAUGUUAACGGGUAAUGUCAUAAGUUGCCAACUCUAUUUUUUUCUGGUUUGGUAAUUUGUUAGAGUAAAUAAAUGAUAUUAAUUUAGUAGUAUAAAUGGAUUCUAGUUAAACAUGUCGCAUUGUGUUAAGACCAGAGGGUAUGGGGCCGGCUGAGGCCCAGCUUGACCCGGCGCCGGUCCCCCACACCGUCCCUGGGUCCGGCUCGGCAAGUUCGGCUUCCACAAGACGGAGAGGACGGGCCAACUUUUCAAACUUUUAGCCGUUACAACGACUAGUUAAUAAAUAAAAAAAAAUCUCACUUUUCUAUAAAACACACCCAUUUUCACCAUUUUCUCCCCACUUCCAACCCAAAACACCCUCAUUUUUAUACCAUUUUCUCCCCACUUUUAUAAAAAGAUUAUCUUUUCAUCCACAAUGCCAUCUAAUUCUUGGUGGUCCUCGUCUUCGAAGGAGGAAGAGGAGAUGUUUUACGCAAACGUUAUGCUAAGGGCGGCGCAGAUUCUUAUGGAGGAGGAAGAGGAAGACGUCUCAUCUGAAAGCGUUAUUACCAGACAAAUACGGAUUAACAGAGACCACCAAGGAGCGCACGAGAAAUUGGUGAACGAUUAUUUUUCGGAUGCACCCUUUUACAAUGCCGAGAUUUUCAAACGAAUGUUCCGAAUGAGUCGCCGGUUAUUCACACGGAUUGCUGAUGAUUUGGCGGGGCUAGACCCGUUUUUCACGCAACGACCCGAUGCUCGAAAUUAUGAAGGGUUCACCACGUUACAAAAGUGUACUGCGGCCAUUCGCCAACUGGCGUACGGGACAGUGGCCGACGCUUUGGACGAGUACUUGCAGAUGUCGGCAAGAACUUCGCGGGAAUGUUUGUAUCAGUUUUGCCAUAAUGUGGUGAAAUUGUAUAGCAAAAAAAUAUUUGCGGAAACCAAACGCGUAUUAUGUUCAACAGUUGUACCAAGCUCAUGAAGCACGGCACGGGUUUCCGGGAAUGCUCGGUAGCAUUGAUUGUAUGCAUUGGGCGUGGCAUAACUGCCCGAAUGCGUGGCGAGGCCAAUAUACGCGAGGUGAUCACGACUAUCCAACAUUAAUACUUGAGGUCGUGUCCUCACAAGAUUUGUGGAUCUGGCAUUCUUUCUUUGGUCUCCCUGGUUCACUCAACGACCUCAACGUGCUAUACCAAUCGGCGAUCUUUAGCGAUGUCGUUAAUGGAACUGGUUCGGACACCCGUUUUACAAUUUCUGGGGUUGAGUAUAGACGCGGGUAUUAUCUUGCUGACGAAAUAUAUCCGUCUUGGUCUACAAUUGUCAAGACUAUUCCAUAUCCCAGGGACGAAAAAAGGAAAAAAUUCGCCAAGCGUCAAGAAGCUGCAAGAAAAGACAUCGAACGUGCUUUUGGUGUUUUACAAAAAAAUGGGCCAUCCUUGAACAACCGGACGUGCGUUCACACCGAAGAGGUUGCGCCUUUGUAUGUACGCUUGCAUUUUGCUCCAAGACAUGAUUAUUGAAGACGAAGGUCGGGCGAUUUGUGAGUAUGAUGAGAAUGCAUCUAUCGGGAAUACUGUCCCAGUAGAUCUGGCACAACAGGAUUUAAACUUGUUCUCGCUAACCAACGACUUCACGCAUGCAAACCUUCAACAGGAUUUGGUAGAACAUAUAUGGAACAAUGUAAACGGCGGGGACGGUGACGAAGACAAAGACGAAAACGAGUAGUGUAAUUUUUAUAAAUU